AUGGACUACACUUCUCAAGCUCUGUGGAUCGCCCUCCCCGCCCUCGCCGCUGCCCUCCUCGCUUCCGCCAUGGGUCUCUUCAACAGACAGAAUCACAUGCCCGUAGAUGGCAAGACCAUCCUUCUGACGGGCGCCUCGGAAGGCAUGGGCCGCAGCGUUGCCCUCCAGCUCGCGGCAAAGGGCGCGAACCUCUUCCUCGUUGCCCGCAACGCCGCCCGCCUCGAGGAGCUUGUCACCGAGCUGAAGGCCGCCGCCAAGCACCCCGAGACCCAGCACUUCAAGUACGUCACAGCUGACGUGACGGCCGAGAACUACGCCGCCCCCAUCGUCGCUGAGGCCACCGCCUGGAACGGCGGUCGCAGCCCCGACAUUGUUUGGUGCAUCGCCGGCAUGGCCACCACCGGCUUUUUCACCGACGUUCCCUUCUCCGAGACCCGCAGGAACAUGGACGUCAACUUCUACGGCACCGCCGAGAUGGCCCACGCCAUUCUGCGCGAGUGGCUCGCUCCCGACGCCCCCAUCGAAGACGAGCCCAAGCACCUGAUCAUGACAACGAGCGUCGUUGCCUUCUUCACCAUUGCGGGGUACGCGCCGUAUGCCGGCUCCAAGUGGGCCAUCCGCGGGCUGGCCGACACGCUCUCUCAGGAGGUUUUGUUGUAUCCCCAGAACGUCAAGAUUCACGUUGUGUUCCCCGGAACCAUCACCAGCCCCGGUCUGGAGAGAGAGAACGAGACCAAGCCUCAGAUCACCCACCAGCUCGAGGAGCUUGACCCCGUCCAGUCGCCUGAUGAGGUUGCCAGGCUAUCGAUCAAGGGCUUGGAGAGGGGCGAAUACUUCGUCACCGUUGCGUUCCUGGGCAGUCUGAUGAAGUGGAGCGGCCUCGGUGGCUCUAUACGUAACAACUGGGUAGUCGACACGUUCAUGAUUUGGGUCACAUCUUGGGUAUGGGUAUUUAUGCUACCUGACUUGCUGAGACAGUGCAAGAACUUCGGCAAGAAGCAUGGUCACCCGGCUACUUAUGGAAAGCCAAAGCCCAGCGCAUGA